GGUUUGAGCAAUAUAUCUUCCUAUUUUUGUGAUGCACAAGCAUGACAAUUACAUCCGAUCAAGGCUCUAGAUUAUCAGGCAGGUUCUUAUUCUACAAAGUUAAAUUGCAGUUAAGGGGAAGCGAGUUGCUAUUGUGGGACUGGGACACAUUGGCUCAGAAGUUGCAAGAAGGUUGGCGGCCUUUUGGAUGCAAAAUUGCCUGCAAUUCAAUGGGGGAGAAACCAUCUGUUCCAUUUCCUUUCUAUGCCAAUGUCCGUGACCUUUAAGCAAACAGUGAUGGGUUUGUUUGUUGUUGUGCAUUUACAGAAGAAACCAGUCAUAUAUUCAUCAUGAUAAUUUUAAAGAAUAAAAAGAAAAGUUGAUUCAUCUCUUCAACUCAUUUAUUACAUCUCGGUAAAGGCAUAUGUACAUAUAUAUAUAUAUAUACACACACACACAAAAACAAGGAACCGGCUUUUGUGUGAAACCAUUUGGAGAAAUUGUGGCUUGUACUAGCUGCAUUAAUGAAGUUGUAGACAAUUG